CUAUAAAACUACAAAGCACAGAAUGCACCGUUACCACAUUCGCCGGGCUCUUCCGGCUCCUCCCCCUGCUCCAGCGGAAGUGUAGAAGAUCUGGAGGUUACGUCCGGUUAGUGUCUCCUUGUCUGCCAUCAUGUUCGGUCAGGCCGUGCGCAGGUUCACCACCUCUGCUAUCCGCCGCAGCCACUAUGAGGAGGGCCCGGGCAAGAACCUUCCCUUCUCUGUAGAGAACAAGUGGAAACUUCUAGCACUUAUGACAGCUUUCUUUGGCAGUGGAUUCACUUUUCCCUUUAUCAUUGUCAGACAUCAGUUAUUGAAAAAGUAACUUGUGAUGAAGAAAAUGUAAAGGUGCAGUGGACCGUCUGAAGCAAAUCUAAAUAUUCCCACCAUGCCAGACAUGGGUUGUAAAUAAACUUAUGACACAUA